CAAAUAAAUCUGUCAUGCCCUGAAAAAGAAAAUCCUAACAAAGUUGUAUACAUUUCAAAAUUAAUCAACGAGCACCAAAAUCAUGAACUUGACCAAGCACGUUAUAACUUUCAGGAAAAUGUAGCAUUCACAAAGGAGAUGAUAGAGGAUGUUAAAUUUUUUGUAACUAAGAUGAAUUGUAACCCCCAGCAAAUUCGUAAAGCUCUUGAGGAGAAAUACUAUGUAAAAGUCUAUAUGCCAGUACUACGGCAAGUAAUUCAACGGUUUCGUCCAAAAUCACAUAACCAGGCAAAUGAUGCCAGCAAAUUGUAUGAGAAAUUGUUAAACAAGAAAGAUGCUGAUUCCUAA